AUGAGUGGCAGACCUUCCACUAAACCUUGCAAAGGCAAUAUAUUCAUGUUAUUGAUGAUAAAUAGCGCUCCUAGAAAUUACGAACGUAGAUCUUCUAUUCGAGAGACAUGGGGUAAAGCUGAUAUUAUACGAAGUGCCCUUGGAAAUUAUGUUUGGCGAACUAUAUUCGUCAUUGGUGAUGGCCAUAGUAAACAAAUAAAUAAUCAAGUGAAUCAAGAAGCAUUAAAAUAUGGCGAUAUGAUUUUAGCUGAUUUUGGCGAUGAUUUUCGUAAUUUAACUUAUAAGACCGUGUUGGGUAUGGAAUGGGCGAAUGCUUAUUGUAAUGAAGCUAAAUACUUUUAUAAAGGAGACGACGAUGUAAUGCUAAAUCCAUUUACUCUAUUUCCUAAAUUGGUAUUUAUGGGAGGUAAAAAAUUAUUCAUGGGUAAUAUCAUGUCUGGUUCUGUUGUCAUCCGGCAACAAAAUAGUCGAUACUAUGUCAGUCUAAAAGAUCUAGCUUUAUCGGUUUAUCCUGAUUAUUGUUCGGGUUUUGCGUAUGUUAUUUCGAUGGAUGUAUUACAAGCUAUGGUAGCAGUCGUACCAAAAAUUCGAAAGAUACCUAUUGAUGAUGCAUAUGUUGGCAUGUUAGCGAAGAAAGUCAAUAUCAAAGUUCAUUGGGAUCGAGGUUUUAAGCCAUUCGGACCAAUACCCGGUAGAAAAUGUGAAUAUAAUACUGUUAUUGCUGUUCACGGUAUUUUACCGUCUAGGCAAAAACUGAUGAUGAAAGAAGCGCGUAACGCCUUUUUGACUUGUUAA